GUGCAGGUGAAUAAUAGGUUGCAUUUUUUGUCUCGGACAUGGCUACAGUUGAUGCUCUGAAGAAAGCUCUUGUGGAGUCCCUAGAAACAAAAGGAGUGAUGGGAAAACUAAAAGCACAAGUCCGUACUGAAGUCUACAAAGCUAUGGAUGACCCUUCUGUUGAAAAACCAAAACUAAGCAAUGAGAAUCUUCUUAUAAAUGAGCUGAUAAGAGAAUAUCUUCAGUUUAACAGAUACAAGUACUCCGAUUCAGUUUUAGUUGCGGAAACAGGCCAACCAGAGGUACAACUUGACCGAAAAUUUCUUUGCAAAGAACUGAAUGUAGAAGACACAGAAGAAACAAUUCAAAUCCCACUUUUGUAUUCUGUUUUGGAAGCUUUUGUAAAACAAAACAGAAUCGGAAAUUCACAAAGAACUGGCUUGUGCAGAAAUACACCUGAUUCCUGAAACAAUUUAUUACUAUUUGUUAUGCAUAAUUAUUGUUUUAGGUGUUAAUAGCUGCUUAGUUUAUUGAAGCUAUGUAACAUAUGUUGAUAAUAAAUCAUUAAACUGAAUUUCUUGUAAAGUAGAAUACAACGUUUUAGCUCUAUAUAUAUUCGAUUACUCUUUAUUUUGUUGAACGUUUACCAAAUAUUUUUCUAUUUCAUGAUUUUUAG